CGCCCCGCUGACCGCGGCCGGCCUCCCCGCAGCCCGCCGCCGCCGCCGCCAUGCCCUUCUCCAACAGCCACAGCGCGGUGAAGCUGCGCUUCGCGGCGGAGGAGGAGUUCCCGGACCUGAGCAGCCACAACAACCACAUGGCGAAGGUGCUGACCCCCGAGCUGUACGCCGAGCUGCGCGCCAAGUCCACGCCCAGCGGCUUCACGCUGGACGACGUCAUCCAGACCGGCGUGGACAACCCGGGCCACCCGUUCAUCAUGACCGUGGGCUGCGUGGCGGGCGACGAGGAGUCGUACGAGGUGUUCAAGGAGCUCUUCGACCCCAUCAUCGAGGACCGGCACGGCGGCUACCAGCCCAGCGAUGAGCACAAGACCGACCUCAACCCGGACAACCUGCAGGGCGGCGACGACCUGGACCCCAAUUACGUGCUGAGCUCGCGGGUGCGCACGGGCCGCAGCAUCCGCGGCUUCUGCCUCCCCCCGCACUGCAGCCGCGGGGAGCGCCGCGCCAUCGAGAAGCUGGCGGUGGAAGCCCUGUCCAGCCUGGAGGGCGACCUGGCCGGCCGCUACUACUCGCUCAAGAGCAUGACCGAGGCGGAGCAGCAGCAGCUCAUCGACGACCACUUCCUCUUCGACAAGCCGGUGUCGCCCCUGCUGCUGGCCUCGGGCAUGGCCCGCGACUGGCCCGAUGCCCGCGGCAUCUGGCACAAUGACAACAAGACCUUCCUGGUGUGGAUCAACGAGGAGGACCACCUGCGCGUCAUCUCCAUGCAGAAGGGAGGCAACAUGAGGGAGGUGUUCACGCGCUUCUGCACAGGCCUCACCCAGAUCGAGAGCCUGUUCAAGGCCAGGAACUACGAGUUCAUGUGGAACCCGCACCUGGGCUACAUCCUCACCUGCCCCUCCAACCUGGGCACCGGGCUGCGCGCGGGCGUGCACGUCAAGCUGCCGCACCUGGGCAAGCACGAGAAGUUCCCCGAGGUGCUCAAGCGGCUCCGGCUCCAGAAGCGGGGCACAGGCGGGGUGGACACGGCCGCCGUGGGCGGCGUCUUCGACAUCUCCAACGCCGACCGCCUGGGCUUCUCGGAGGUGGAGCUGGUGCAGAUGGUGGUGGACGGCGUGAAGCUGCUCAUCGAGAUGGAGCAGCGGCUGGAGCAGAGCCAGACCCUCGACGACCUCAUGCCGGCGCAGAAGUGAGGCCGCCCGCCGGCCGCCGGCCGCUCCCGCUCCGCUCCCUAACGCAUUGCCGGCCGCGCGCCGCACUCCCCUGCGCCCGCCGCCCCGGCCCAGCCCUCCGCCUUGCCGUAGACGCCCGGCGCCCGGGCAGAGUUUAUUUUUUGGAUGGCUAAGCUGUUGCUGAAAUAAACCAGGGUCUGGCCUGCCCGGUGUC